GGCCGUGUUCUUGGCAUAUAGGUUGGGGGAUAUUGGCGCUGGGGAGACCAACAGAAGGAGAGUCUGGAAGUUACCUGCUUUGGAAUGGCCAGGAGGUCCUGUCCCUCCCUGCCAUGGGCUGCAUGGCCAAGAGGCCAGCUACAUGGAGGGGUGUGCUGGACAUCGUCCUCAGCAGGGUGGCCUGUGGCAGGGCCAGGCAGUCCAGGGCGGAACCUGGUGGUUCAGUUAGCAGCUGCAUACCUGGGCUCCUGCCUCCCUUUCCUAAGCCAGCACAAUACUGGCUUCCCACAGACCUGUCUGGACCCUCCUACUCAGCCUGGGUCCUGGCCCGCUGGGGUGCAUGCCAGGCUGGCCAGCCUGAGUCCACUUUGCUGCUCAAACAGCCAAGCUAGCGAACUCCCAGGAGCCCCAGCUGUACACCCCUGACUAUGGGUUGGCCAGCGGUGUGGACAGCCAGCCCCUGGGAGUGGGUCAGGGGCUGAAGCCCUGUGCACGCAGGUGGAUGUGCUGCUCGAGCAUCCAAGGCAGCUCCCCGGAGGGCCCACCUUUCAGGUGUGUGAACCCCGUGUAGAAUCUUCCCUCUUCCCCGACCCCCUGGCAGCCCCUGUCUCUGUGCUGGAAGGCAGCGUGCGGAGAGACUGCCUUGCACAGAUUGCUUCAUCCCUCCCCCGGGGACAGUGAAGGGAUUUUAGCUGUGACACCUUGCUGAGGCAGGGCUGGCUCCUGGACUUCGUCUGCUGCAGGCUGAGCUUGUGAGGUGGGGGCAGGGCAGGUAGGGCAGUUAUUCCUGGCUGGUGUCAGAGGGUUGAGUUUCAGAUUUGUUUAUGCCUGUAGGAGACACCUUGGGGCCAGGGGUGGGGCGCCCAGCUCAGCACUGACAUUCAGGUCACCUGUUCAAGAGGCGCCUCAGAUAUCCCUGCCUUGGCUGUGGGGGUUGGCUCUGCAGCUUUAUCCACGGAAUUCUGGGGGGUGCACGAGCACUGUGGUCCUCAGGUCUUGCGGACCAGCCCCCCCACAGAAGGGCCCUUAACGCUGAGGGCUGGCCUGGGGCUGUCCUGGCCACACCAAGCAAAGCCAGUGCUAUUAAUAUCAGGCAGGCACAGGCCCCCAGCUUGGUGAUCCUCUUAUGCCUUGGCCUUGGCCUCUGAGGACAGCGGUGAGUGCUGUUCCCUUAGUACAGCGGGGUCACAGGGGCCUCCCAGCUGCUGCAUCCCCCCUGCCUUACAGCAGCACCCACUGCCUCCUGGUGCCCAACCCCACCCGCUCCUCACCUGCGGUGCUGGCCAAGAGGGGUCCCACCCAUGGAGGGGCAGUUAGGCGGCCACAGCUCCUGAGCUGGCCUGGGGGCCCACUGUGAGUUUAAGAGGUGGUGAUACCCCCAUAACUGCCAUCCCAGAGCCCCACGACACAUACCUGGGGUCACCCCGCUGUCCAGGAGCACCCACCUCCAGGGCCUGUGCCCACCCGUGUCCUCAGCCAUGAGCAUUCCCCCGGCUUACCCUGGCAUCAGGAUCUCCGGGUGCUGGGCCCUCGGAGCAGAAGGCAGCAGCAGCAACACGGAAUCCCUGGACAGGCUCCUGCCCCCUGUGGGCACCGGGCGCUCGCCCCGGAAGCGCACGACCAGCCAGUGCAAGUCAGAGCCGCCCCUGCUGCGCACCAGUAAGCGCACCAUCUACACGGCGGGGCGGCCACCCUGGUACAACGAGCACGGCACGCAGUCCAAGGAGGCCUUCGCCAUCGGCCUGGGGGGUGGCAGUGCCUCCGGGAAGACCACCGUGGCCAGAAUGAUCAUCGAGGCCCUGGACGUGCCCUGGGUGGUCUUGCUGUCCAUGGACUCUUUCUACAAGGUGCUGACCAAGCAGCAGCAGGAGCAGGCCGCCCACAACAACUUCAACUUCGACCACCCGGACGCCUUCGACUUCGACCUCAUCAUCUCCACCCUCAAGAAGCUGAAGCAGGGGAAGAGCGUGAAGGUGCCCAUCUAUGACUUCACCACGCACAGCCGCAAGAAGGACUGGAAGACGCUCUACGGAGCGAAUGUCAUCAUCUUCGAGGGCAUCAUGGCCUUUGCCGACAAGACGCUGCUGGAGCUCCUGGACAUGAAGAUCUUCGUGGACACGGACUCCGACAUCCGCCUGGUGCGGCGGCUGCGCCGGGACAUCAGCGAGCGGGGCCGGGACAUCGAGGGCGUCAUCAAGCAGUACAACAAGUUUGUCAAGCCCGCCUUCGACCAGUACAUCCAGCCCACCAUGCGCCUGGCCGACAUCGUGGUGCCCAGAGGGAGCGGCAACGCGGUGGCCAUCGACCUGAUCGUGCAGCACGUGCACAGCCAGCUGGAGGAGAGGAAGCUGCGUUGGGAUAUGGCCGCACUGGCCUCAGCCCACCAGUGCCACCCCCUGCCUCGGACGCUGAGCGUUCUCAAGAGCACGCCACAGGUACGGGGCAUGCACACCAUCAUCAGGGACAAGGAGACAAGCCGCGACGAAUUCAUCUUCUACUCCAAGAGGUUGAUGCGUCUGCUAAUCGAGCACGCACUCUCCUUCCUGCCCUUCCAGGAUUGUGUGGUGCAGACCCCGCAGGGGCAGGACUAUGCCGGCAAGUGCUACUCAGGGAAGCAGAUCACCGGUGUGUCCAUCCUGCGGGCCGGCGAGACCAUGGAGCCCGCGCUGCGUGCCGUGUGCAAAGACGUGCGCAUCGGCACCAUCCUCAUCCAGACCAACCAGCUCACAGGGGAGCCUGAGCUCCACUACCUCCGGCUGCCCAAGGACAUCAGCGACGACCACGUGAUCCUCAUGGACUGCACGGUGUCCACGGGCGCCGCGGCCAUGAUGGCUGUGCGCGUGCUCCUGGACCACGACGUUCCGGAGGACAAGAUCUUCCUGCUGUCGCUGCUCAUGGCAGAGAUGGGCGUGCAUUCAGUGGCCUACGCUUUCCCACGUGUGAAGAUCAUCACCACGGCCGUGGACAAGCGAGUCAAUGACCUUUUCCGGAUCAUCCCGGGCAUCGGGAACUUUGGCGACCGCUACUUUGGGACGGACUCGGUCCCCGAUGGCAGUGAUGAGGAGGAAGUGGCCUCCACAGGUUAACGGCCCAGGUGGAGCCACCCGGUCCACUUACCCCAGGAUUGCAGUAUGCAACACAUAAUUUAUUUUAAUCUUUAAAAUGUCAUCAAUAUGGCUUACGCAUUUUAUAAAAUAAAGCUUUAGAAAAAUGGA